AUGCACUCCGAUUCCUCCACCGACACGGAAAAAGGUGCAUUCGCAGGACUUGCAGCCUCUCUGCGGGCGGAAGUCGAGCCUCAACAUGCCGAUAUUCUGCUCUUUGCGUGCUGUUUGACAUCGGGUCUUGUAGACAGUACAAUCUACAAUGCUUACAACACCUUUGUGUCCAUGCAAACUGGAAACACAAUCUUCGUGGGAUUAGGAGCCUCAAAUCAAAAUGCGCGUCCGUAUGGUUGGGCACGUUCGCUCACCUCAAUCGGAUGUUUCGUUCUAGGAUGUUUCCUCUUCGCACACUUACACCGCGCGUUGGGUGCUCAACGGCGGGUAUCGCUGAUGGUUUCUUUCCUGUUACAAGCCAGCAUCAUCAUCAUAACCGCGGCUCUGGUGGAAGGCGGCGCCAUCUCUAGUGCCCUCGGGGACCGACUGUCGCAAGCCGCGCCACCGUGGGAUCAAGAAGUCCCGAUUGUUCUUCUGAGCAUCCAGUCCGCCGGUCAAAUUGUGGCGAGUCGCGCGUUAGGUUUCAAUGAGAUUCCGACCGUGGUGAUUACCAGUCUUCUCUGUGAUCUUGUAUCUGACCCGAAGCUGUUCCUCAUCCGCAACCAAAAGCGUGACCGUCGGGUCAUCGCAUUUGUGCUGACGCUCCUCGGGGCCAUCAUUGGUGGAUGGGUGACGAAAGCCACACAGGCCAUUUCGCCCACUCUAUGGCUGUCGGCAGGGAUCAAAGUCGUGGUAGUUGUGGCCUGGGGGCUAUGGAAAGCAAAGUAG